AUGGCCAAGAUUAUCAACAAUGGUCAUACAGACAACAUAAAAAGCCCUGCAGGCGGUAGGGGAGUCGAUGGUGAAGCGGCGGGAUAUUGCAGAGAAGAGGGCAAUGCGGGCCAGGCGGAAGAGGUGGCGGUUGAAGCUCCGGUUGAAUUUCACCCGAAAGUUUGUUGUUCCUUAGCAUUAAUGCGAGUAACUGAAAACAGCCAACAAUGUUCAAAGGGAUCGAGCCUGAUAACAAGUUGUGUGACAAAUCAAUCACUUGAAGAUAUGUCAGAUUUCCAAUUCUCUCUGGUAUUUCACCUACUUCUCGGCUUUCUCAAUAAUACCACUUGGAAGAUUUCCCCACAAUCAUUAAAACUCAAGUCCAAAACAACCAACUUCUCUGAGAAAACUAAUCUUGGGGAAAUCCUAUAUCUCACUGCAUUGUGGGACAAAUUUAAGCGUGUCAACCCACGAAGACCAGAAAUACAAGCCGUGAUUCCUCCCACAAUUGAGUUAUUUGCUAAAUUAAGCACCGACAUUGAUUCAGCUGCUGACAAGAAACAAGGCAAAUUGCUAGAUAACCAAUUCGACUCGAGAUUGAGAUACACCAAAGCUUGA